AUGGAGACGAUGAUCACCGUGAAGAUGACGACGUACUUCAUCGACCCCAACCAGGGCUGCGCUGGCGACGCGUUCAAGGCGUUCUGCAACUUCACCGCGGGCGGGGAGACCUGCCUCUUCCCCGAGAAGACCUCCGCCGCGGCCAAGAUGGGCCAAUGGCUGCACGAGAAACCAGGGACAUGGUUUAGUGAGUUCGGCACCGGCAGGAUGCUGGCCUACGUGGACGCGGAGGGCGGCUCGCUGCCCUCGGUGCAGAUGACUUUCCUGCGCCUGCUGAGCGCCACCGCGCGCCAGAACUUCACCUACCUGUGCCAGCGCUCGGUGGCGUGGGGGGCGCCCCGCGCCGCCGGGGGGGGGGCCCCCCCCGCCGCCGCCGCCGCGGCCCCCCACGACGGCGCCCCCCCCGGCACGGCCCAGGCGCUGCGCUUCCUCGCCGCCAACGAGGAGGAGAUCUCGCGCGAGAGCAACGCGCGCUACGUGCAGGCGCUGCACGACGGGUGCUCGUUCCGCAAGGGCUCGGAGCGCUCGGUGCUGAGCGUGCGGACUCCGCGCGUCGAGCUGCUGCCCCUGAGCGACGUCAUGAUCAGCGACUUUGGGGAGCCCUCCCAGCGCUUCGGGUUCACCCUGGGGCCCGUCUGCUUCCAGGGGUAGAGAACCCCCGGUGGGGGGGGGGGGGGGGGCCGUGAAGAGACCCCCUCCUCCCAUCCCCUUGCCCGACGGGGGUUGUGUGGGCGGCGGGGGAGGCGGCCGUUCUUGCCACGCGGUCGGCGCCGAGAGGGCGGCGGUGGUGGGGGUGGCGGGGGUGGCGGGGGGGGGGGAGGCCCCCCCCAACCACCAGCCGGUUGCGUGGAGAGACCCGGGGGGAGGGAGUUGGUGGUGGGGGGGGGGCUCCAUUGGGAGGAGCCGUCCGCCACGACCGCCACCGCUCGGUUGCCUCCGCGCCAGGCCUUGCCCGGCCCGGCGGUCGUCGUUGGAUCCUGCACCGUCGUGUUAGCACCGCCCCCCCCGGGUGGUAACGUGGGGGGGGGGGGGGGAGAUGGCGGCCCCUGGUUUAUAAUCCACACCACUUGAAUUUAUCGGUUUCGGUUGCUUCUAAAAUUUGCCUUAAUGCCCCCCGCCCGCCCACCCGCCGCCCCGAGCUUUUUGUGACUGUGAUAGAGCCCCUUUGAGUUACACCGCCCUCCCCCUGCCCACCAACCCCCCCCCCUUCACCUCGACCACCACCCCCCCCCAAACUCCCAUCCAUCUCGCGAACCCGUUGCCACAGCCAUAGCCAGAGCAGCCUUCCAUCGGCCACAAACCUAGCCAGGGCCGUGUCACCGUCACCGCCACCACCACCUCUCCGUGUUGUGCGACGUCUCCCCCGCCCGUGGGGAUGAUCCGCUGCGUUGCCGGCUAGCGCCCAGUGGUGGUGCUAAAGUGGUGGUGGUGGUGCUAAAGCGGUGGUGGUGCUAAACGGUCGUGGUAGUGGUGGUGGUGGUGCUAAACGGUCGUGGUAGUGGUGGUGGUGCUAAAGCAGCGGUUGUAUUGGUGCUAUAGCGACGGUGUAGGUCGUGCUAAAGCGGCGGAUGAGCUAAGAGGCACCGUUAAAGAGGUUUCAUACGAACGGCAAAACCCUGUCCACCACCACCACCACGAGACUUCUCGCUCACGGCCUGUUUGUCCGUUGUUUCGCGUCGUCGCCAUACCCACGGGCAUGGGAAAGACGAUGAAAUCUAUACAACAUUCCCCCCUUUUUCCUGCUGCUCCUGCUGCUUCCCACACACACACACGCACUGCCCCACCCCCUCCAACCAACCCACCUCAACCCUGCCCACCUUACUACCACCACCACCCCACGCCUGCCAAAUAAAAGGGUAAAUUUGCCGCAGAGAAUAAAAAACUAACUGGGAGCAGGAUUUGGCUGGUUCAGCAGCGAUGUCUCCAUCCGUCUGCAGAACAACGCCCGUCGGUUUAGCGCGUAAAUGUUUUGUUAUUAAACCCGCCAUCCACCACCACCACCGCAACCACCACCGCCACCACCACCCCGACCACCACCUACCGGCACAGCCUUUUCACGAGUUCAUCCCACGCCGGUGAGCGUGCGUGGCAACAUUGAACAAUUUACAAGUGCCGUGCAGUUUCGCCCCUGGUGAUUUACAACAAAACCACAACCGCAACAACAACAACAACCAAACACAACCACCAGCAUCAACUUGGGGGGCGUGGCGUGUGAUUUUCAAAACAUAAAAGAAUUGAAGAAGUUGUAGGAGGUCCUGUGGGGUGGUUGUGGUUGUGGGUGGUUGUGGUUGUGGGUGGUGGUGGGUGGGUGAAGGGUGGUGGCACGAUCUCCCACCCUGCACUCCCCUCAGCGGGCAAGCCCCUUGGCGUGUUUAAUUUAACGACUGACGGUACUUUGUUAUAUAAAAAUAAAAUUAAAGUUCUACGUGUAUUGAUGGUGCUCUCACUCGCCACCUCGCCCUGCCCACCCUCCAUCACCUCCCUCGCCUCCCUCCCCCUUUCUCUCCCCCACCUCCCUUCUUCCCUCCCUCCCCCCCCUCCCCUCCCUC